AUGAGUAAAAACAUCUUUCGAAUUUUUAAUCCUGGGGAACCCAAGGAAAAUCCAGUGGAGAAGAGACGGGCCCAACUGCGACGAGCACAACAGACAUAUCGUAAUCGCAAAGAUAGAUACACCAGAACAUUAGAAGAAGAGCUCGCCAAAUCGCGCUCCACGGAAGCAGAAUUGACACGCGAAUGCCAGCAACUACGUGCUGACCUCGAAAAUGCGCUACAACAAUUAUCAAGGCAAUGGAUAGGUAUGGCCAUUGAUGGCAGCAAUCCCCCCUCAGAAAGCGUCGCUUUGUCAAGGACCACAGGGUCUACCAGCGGUGCCUCACCAUUUCACUUCAGUGACCUCAGCAAUCAACCAAGGGACACAAUCCCAUCGCCUCAAAUGAUAUCACCAGAGUCAUUUGGCGAUUUUCAAGGAAUAACCGAAAGCUUUCAGAGACCUCCCAUCUUAUUUGGCCAAGGAGGAGUCGCGUAUAAUUGUCGUAUUAGCGAUGUGGAUCAAGUAACAGCAGGCAUGGAGUUUGUGCUAAAGAUUGAGGAGCCUUGUCUUGAUCACUUGCACGGCGACCUGGACAAACCCUGCGAGCCUAGCAACCAUGCCCUGACUGUUUCCGCUCAGCUGAUAGCGGCAUGCGAUUAUCCAUCGCCUACCAUCAGCUCGCCUCCACCAAUAUCAGCGACGUUCAAUAGCCUCCCAAAGCAAAUGCUUGAACGAUUAUUGAGUCUAGCGCCAGAUUUAUCGAGUGAAGGUGAAGUAACACCAAUUCAGGCUUGGAGCAUUAUUCAAAGUCGGCCAGACUUUGGCGGUUUUGAUACAAGAAGUCUGAGUGCUCUUGCUAGAAAACUGAAAAAGGCAGUAAAGUGUCACGGAUGGAAGACUGUCUUGAUGUUUUUAAUUACGUGGGUUUACUUACUGAAGCGAUAA